ACGACAACCUGUUCCAAGACGUGGUGAGUGCUAACAGACACCUCCAUGGCUCCGCAAGCUAACAAGGCCAUUCCAGCUCUCCAGCAUUAACGGGCACAUCCGUCGCUACUCCGACGAUGUUGCCCAGUUUGUCGACCUGAACGUCGACCGAGCCGCCGACGUCGUCCGAGAAACUCUUGCCGCAACACCAUGGAUACCCGACAUGAUCCGGCCGGCGGCUACUGUAAAGCCUGUUGUAACGGUCGUUACGCUGUCGAAGUUCGAGAGGAUACAAGGUUGGGUGGUUAGGCACAGAAUCCUGACGGGCGUCAUCGUCGUCAUAUGCGGAACCGUCGCAUACCGAGGAUACAGGACGAGCCAGUACAUGUCCAAGAAGUUAAGAAGGGCAAAGAGAGCAAGAAACGGCGGCCGUGUCGAGGUGGUCGUCAUCGCUGGGUCGCCAACGCUGCCUCUAACCAAGUCGUUAUCACUGGACAUGGAAAGGCGGGGAUUUAUCGUCUACAUCGUUUGCAACGCUGCCGAGGAUGAGUCCAUGGUCCAUGCUUUAUCGAGACCAGAUAUCCGACCUCUCAGCAUCGAUACCACCGAUCCUCCGAGCGCCGGUGCCGCCAUUGAGCGAUUCGCCCUCUUCCUCCAGUCACCACAAGCUCUUGCUGGGGCCAAGAUGAAGCCAAAUCAACUGACAUUACAAUCCGUUAUCCUUAUCCCAAGCCUCCACUAUCAGACUUCUCCCAUCGCCACCAUUCCGCCCUCAAACUUUGCCAACCUCUUUUAUACCCACCUGCUCCAGCCGAUCCUCACAAUCCAGGCAUUUCUACCUCUCCUCACAUCCCGCCUGAACCCGAUCGGCGAGAAAUGGGUGCCUCCAAAGGUCCUCGUGUUUACGCCUUCCAUCAUUUCGUCCAUCAACCCGCCUUUCCACGCACCUGAAGCAACAGUGUGCUCGGCACUCUCGGCCUUCACUGAAGUUCUCACCGCCGAGCUUCGCCCGCUGAACAUCCCUGUCACUCACAUGCAGCUGGGCACAUUUGAUUUCUCUAGUUUUGUGCCUUCUCGAGGUUCAAGUCAAAAUCUUGUUACUGCUGGGAAUCCCGAGGACACCCUCGUUUGGCCUGAUGGUGCUCGUCACGUUUAUGGCCGAAACUUUAUCGCCCAGACGAGUUCCGCAAUCUCUGGCGGCCGCAUCGUCGGCCUCCGGGGCAGCUCGCUGCGACGCCUUCAUAACACCGUCUUUGAUGUCAUUGAUGGGACGAUUACCACCGAAACCGUCCGAGUUGGCCUGGGAUCCAGUGUUUAUGGCUUUGUAGGUCGCUGGGCACCCAGAAGUCUCGUUUCGUGGAUGAUGGGUAUUCGCAAGGUGGAUGAACUGUCUACCUGGAAGUCGAGCUCGUGUGAAGGGUCGGAGAAGGACGAGCACGAGAACGAGAGUGAGCACGGUGAGGCUACGCCCGAGUUCAUCGCCGUUCCCUCGGACCCCAACGUCUGGAACUCUGAUGCACACGGCUCGGUCUGGACACCCCAGCACUCUGACGCCUCUUGAGUCAAAUGAAUCAUAACGACCAUUUUCAUCAUUCAAAAAGCAUUUAAUGAUGGGGCAUGUAAAAAAGGAACCACUCUGUUAAUAGACGCCGUCACGACUCUACUUUUGG